UCAUGAUGAAUUUGAUGAUUACACGAUGACUUGGGAAGUACGGCUUCGCAUAGCCAUAGAGACGGCAGGAGCUCUUACAUACAUGCACUCAGCUGCAUCUUUCCCAAUAUUCCACAGAGAUGUCAAGACUACUAAUAUACUACUGGAUGAGAAAUACAGAGCAAAGGUGUCUGAUUUCGGAACUUCAAGAUCCAUAACUAUUGAUCAAACUCACUUGACAACAUUAGUUGCGGGAACAUUUGGUUACAUGGAUCCAGAGUACUUCAUGUCGAGCCAAUACACUCACAAAAGCGAUGUUUAUAGUUUUGGGGUUGUGUUGGUGGAGCUAAUAACGGGAGAAAAACCAAUGUCACGUGUCCGGUCUGAAGAAGGCAGAGGUUUGGCAAGUGAUUUCCUCGAGGCAAUGAAAGAGAACAGAGCUGUUGACAUAAUUGAUAUUAGGAUCAAAGACGAAAGCAAGCUGGAUCAAAUAAUGGCGGUAGCAAAACUCGCCCGAAAAUGUCUUAACCGGAAAGGGAAGAAACGGCCAAACAUGAGAGAGGUUUCAAUAGAGCUAGAGAGGAUCCGUUCAUCGCCCGAAGAUAUAGAUGUCCACACGGAAAUAAUCGAAGACGAAGAGGAGGAUCAACUCUUGGAAAUCAACGUAAAAGAUGAUUCUUGAACUGCCUAUGUAAGACUUUGCUGGAACAUAUAUGUAUAUUUUGAAAACUAGUGUUCAAUCCGUUUGCUAGUAGGAUUUAUAUAUAUAAAGCAUGUUUAUAAGUG